AUGCAUGAACCGUUGAAGUUCUUGUACCAACAUGGCAAGCUCGAUUGGCACAUCUGCCUUCUUGGAGCGUUAAAGCACAAUGAUGUGGUCAAGUACAUUUGGGAGAAUUCGGCGCGCCGCUAUUGCACCGACGAAUCGGCGAUCAAUGUCGUUAAGGCCGUUGUUGCAAAAAAGCUGGCUCCUUACCCGGAAGCGGUUAUCAUGAAGGAUGAGCAUCGCGAGGAACAUCCCACUGGGUUUGAGAAGGUCGAGGAUGUGGUUCCGAGUUUCUUCUACAUGAAUCGCCGUGAUGUGCUCGAAAUUAUAAGAGCGUUUGAAGGAAUGCAGAAGGAAGAAGAAAGAAAACCAUCGAUGUAUCUGGCAGUUGGUGUUUAUUCUCACUGCUGGUUUCUUGAAUACUGUCAGUGGGCUGUGCAGGCGACAAUUUCUGAUGGAGUUAUGCGCUGCUUGAUGGAUGGUCAAACUAUGAUUUUUGUUCUCCCGUCGGGGAACCACGAGUUCGACCUUGGAGAAGAGUGGCGAUACACACUUACCCGCGCCAUUCGCUUGGUUGUCGUUAACGAAGAACAUGCGGACAUUACUACGUCUGGAUUAACGCGUGACUUAUUGGACGUGCGAGCCAGACGCAACUCAAUGGCGUACGUCUGCAAUUUGCUCAAGGGCCGUUAUCUCCGUAUCCAAACCUCUGCUCCAGUCGCCUUCUGUGUGGAUUUGAAGUCGAAGCUGCUUAUGAAGAAGACCUAUCUGACGGAUGAAAAACUCUAC